AUGGGGCUGUGGAGAGGUCAGGAAAAGGACUGUCCUCAUCAAAAAGGCAUCACCAAAGCUCAGUGCAAGGUUACCUGCUGCGCGAUGUGCCACCUGCAGGGCAGAGCGACGGACGAUGCUCCGUGCCACAGAGCUCACGGCAGGGCGCUCCCACCGCACACAGCCUCGCGAACGGACGCCCCGCCGCCUCGCACCUUCCCCAAAAGCUGUCGGCCACGGGCCUGCCUCGCCGCCUCAAGCAGUAGGGCAGGGCCUCGCCGUGCCACCGCCCCCGGGCCGCCUCGGGGGCCGGCGGCGCCGGGAGGGGAGGCGGCCCCCGGCGGCGGCGCUGGGCGGCAGGAGGGCCGCCUCGGCGGGCGGCGGUGCCGCGGUGCCCGGCGCCGGGAGGGCGGUGGCGCGAUGUAUGGAUUUAUAAAUACAUGCCUGAAGUCUUUGGUGGUUGAUAAGUACGGUGAAGAAAUAUGGGAAAAAUUAAGACUCCAGGCUGGAGUUCAGGAUAGUUUCUUGACUUUUGGAGUUUACAAAGAUGAGAUCACAAUGCAACUUGUUGACAAAGCCUGCAAAAUAUUAGGUGUUCCUGCUGAUAUGGUUCUGAGAGAGUUUGGAGAGUAUUUCUUUGAAUUUUGUAAACGUUCAGGUUAUGACCACAUGCUGAGAACGCUGGGUGGAAAUUUGUAUGAGUUCAUAGAGAACCUGGAUGCAUUACACAGCUACCUGUCCCUGUCUUACCAGGAGAUGAAUGCACCAUCUUUCAGAGUAGAAAAGAAUGAAGACGGGUCAAUGCAUUUACAUUACUAUUCAGAUAGAAGAGGUCUGUACCAUAUUGUGCCAGGAAUCAUCGGUGCAGCAGCCCUGGAUUUUUUUAACAUUGAGAUUUCAAUGGAAAUAGUCAAUCAAAUGGAAGAAGAAGAAAGAACUGGGAAAAAAGAGCAUAUUGUUUUUCUCGUCACUCAAAACCCUGUACUUCCAUAUAAAGAAAGAAAUAAAUUUUCUUUCUCACCUCAGUAUCUUGCUGACUCUGAAAAACAAAAUGAUACUCGACUGAACAGUAAGGAUCUUGAGAAAUCAGAGAAUACUAUUAGAGGAGGCUCGGUUUGUCCUGUCAAGAAAAGUCACUGGAAAACUAUAAGAGGAAUAAUCACAUUAGGAAAAGGUAAACUCCUGAGAGGGUUUGACCCUGUUUAUCCCAAGACUCUCUGGAUUGACACAAAAACAUUUUGCAAUGGGCUUCCUUUUCAUAUGGUUUUUGACAAAGAGCUCAGAGUGAAGCAAGCUGGGGUGAGCAUUCAAAAGAUCGUACCUGGCCUUCAGACCAUGGGCAUCUGUCUGGAUCACUAUUUCAGUAUCGUUCACCCAGAAGUACCCUUCACCAUCUCUAGCAUUCAGAAAUUUAUCAACAGCCAAUUUGUUUUCCAGACCAAGAGAGAAAUGAUGCCAGAGUCAUGGAAACAGCGGCCAAUGCUAGAGCUGAGAGGCCAGAUGAUCUGGAUGGAGUCUCUGCAGUGCAUGCUCUAUCUCUGCUCACCUUUACUUCGCACUUUACAUGAGCUGGAGGAGCGACAGAUGCAUAUUGCAGACAUUGCACCUCAUGACGUGACCAGGGAUUUGAUUCUUCUCAAUCAGCAGCGACUGGCAGAGAUGGAGCUCUCUAACCAGCUGGAGAGGAAGAAGGAAGAACUGCGGGUACUGUCAAAGCACCUGGAAGAAGAGAAGAAAAAGACUGAGGCUCUGCUCUACGCCAUGCUUCCUCAACAUGUAGCAAACCAGCUGAAAGAGGGGAAGCGAGUUGAGGCAGGAGAAUUCAAGGAAUGCACCAUAUUGUUCAGUGAUGUUGUGACCUUUACCAACAUUUGUGCCCAGUGUGAGCCUAUUCAGAUAGUUCUCAUGUUAAAUUCAAUGUACCUGCAGUUUGACAGACUGACCACAGUGCAUGAUGUAUACAAGGUGGAGACAAUUGGAGAUGCCUAUAUGGUAGUAGGUGGAGUCCCUGUGCCUGUAUCCACUCAUGCUGAGCGAGUUGCUAACUUUGCCUUGGGGAUUAUAAUAGCAGCUAAAGGAGUACAGAACCCAGUUUCUGGAAAUCCAAUCCAAAUUAGAGUUGGGAUCCAUACAGGUCCUGUCUUGGCUGGAGUUGUUGGAGAAAAGAUGCCUCGUUAUUGCUUGUUUGGAGACACAGUGAAUAUAGCUUCCCGCAUGGAGAGUCAUGGUGUCCCAAGUAAAAUUCAUCUGAGCUCCAGUGCCUAUCACUGUCUAAAAUACAAAAAUUUUGAGAUGACAGAAAGAGGAGAAAUAGAAGUGAAAGGCAAAGGAAAGAUGCAUACAUACUUCCUCAUUAGAAAUAAAACUGCAUGUGAGAAUGAGAUUAUGGGAAGGCCAAUAAAAGACUUAGAUUCUGGCCGUGAAUCUGCUCAGUCCUUUCAAGAAGACAGGGCUGAGGCAGUGCCAAGUUCUCAUCAGACAGCUACUCAUAAUCAGCCAGAGAAGGACCAGACCACAACCAUUGCAAUGAAGUAUCUUGAUGUUCCCACAGAUGCACAAAACAGCCUCAAAAGAAGAAAUCAAGCAAAAAUUGCAGAUUUAACAGGCAAAAGUUACAAUUCAAAAAGCUAUGGGAGUCUCCCUGGCAACCAGCAUUCAGAUGAUGCUCCUCAUCCUCUGAACAGGGGAAGAGUCAAACCAGAUACUGAAGAGCCACAAAUCAGAAACGUUCGCUCCAAUUUUUGCAAUUUGCUCUAAGUUUCUGACUUUUUACAUUAAUCAGAGCAUUUUUAUUAUUAUUUAGUGCAUUUUCCUGUUUUGGGACCAAUUUUCUAUAUGAGAUUCUACACCAUUUUCUUAAAAAACAAAAAAGACAGAAAAGAUAUUUCAUCACAAUUUUCAGCAAAAAGAAUGGAAAGUGAUGUUUUUUUUAACCAAUCUGCACACGUCAGACGAUACUCCCAGUGGAGAAUGAAACCACCACAAGAUAAGUUGAAGAUGCAUUUUUCGGCUUCUCCCAUUUCUUUGAAUAUCUCUACGUAAAAAUGACUGUUUGGUAUCUCAUGCAGCAAUAGGGAAAGAGGUGAGUCAUGCAAUUAGAAACGUUCAUACUCAAGCAAGCAAGCAGUACAAGAAACAUUCCCUGAAGGGACCAUCUGUCUUCAGCACAGCCAACAACCUCCUUGUGUAAGGUCAGCAGAAUUUGGUCUGUUCUAUCUAUUUAACUAUGAUGACAAUUAAUCUCCAGUGAGUCGUUUGCUGAGGAAAAGCAUUCUGCAGAAAAAGUGCAGAAUAGAUUUCUAUAUAAUACAGCUUAUAUUUUUGCCAUCCUGAGGAGACAGUACUGCCUACUUUGUAGCACGUAACAAUAAAAAACAUAAAACAAUCUA